GUAUUUCAUACGGUGAAAGAGAGUGGCUAGUGGUGGGUGCGUAGGAUAAGCAGGCAAGUGUGUUAAAAGGUCAUCCACUACUCAACUCCACAAGUUGCCAAUGGUUGAAUUUGAAGAAUAAUCGUGCUUCUCCCCAAUAGUGCUGGCUGCUUUACGCAUAUCUGAGAAGCGCCAGCAAUUUUCUUCGGUAGGCUAUGGCAGGGCACGUACACAUGGUGGCCUCUUUCUUGGUGGUGUUUUUAAUCACACCAUGGACACACGCUGGGAAUAGAAGCAGCUUGUCUCAGCAGAAGCUGGAGGUUAAGAACCACUUGAAGAACUUAAACAAGCCUCCAGUUAAAUCCAUCAAGAGUCCAGAUGGGGACAUAAUCGACUGUGUUCAUAUCACCCACCAACCUGCUUUUGAUCAUCCUUUGAUCAAAAACCAUAAAAUUCAGAUGAGACCGAACUUCUACCCAGAAGGGCUUCUCAGUGGGAGCAAGGUUCCUUCAAAUUCUGAGGAAGAAUCAAAGCUCACUACCCAGUUAUGGCACUUGAAUGGAAGAUGCCCAGAAGAAACAAUUCCCAUCAGAAGAACGAAAAAAAAUGAUAUAUUAAGAGCAAACUCUCUCGAAAGAUUUGGCAAGAAGAGGCCCCUCGCUGCCCCUCAACCCAAAAACGCAGAACCUGACCUCAUUAGCCAAAGUGGCCAUCAGCAUGCAAUAGUUUAUGUGGAAGGAGACAAGUAUUAUGGAGCCAAGGCAACAAUAAAUGUGUGGGAGCCCAAAAUACAACAGCCUAAUGAGUUCAGCUUAUCUCAAAUCUGGAUCUUAGGAGGUUCAUUUGGUGAAGAUCUUAAUAGCAUUGAAGCUGGCUGGCAGGUCAGUCCAGAUUUAUAUGGAGAUAACAGAACUAGACUCUUCACUUAUUGGACGAGCGAUGCAUAUCAAGCCACGGGUUGCUACAAUCUCCUUUGUUCAGGCUUUAUUCAAAUCAAUAAUCAAAUAGCAAUAGGUGCAAGCAUCUAUCCUGUUUCCGGCUACGAUGGCUCCCAAUAUGAUAUCAGCCUACUCAUUUGGAAGGACCCAAAAGAAGGUAACUGGUGGAUACAAUUUGGGAAUAGCUAUGUGCUAGGAUAUUGGCCAGCUUCGCUAUUCUCCUACCUAGCUGACAGUGCUACAAUGAUUGAGUGGGGUGGUGAGAUUGUAAACUCAGAAUUCGAUGGGCAGCACUCCACUACACAAAUGGGAAGCGGCCAUUUCCCUGAAGAAGGAUUUGGAAAAGCUGGUUACUUCAAGAAUAUCCAAAUUGUUGAUGGAUCCAAUAAUCUCAGGCCUCCCAAAGACCUUAACACUUUUACUGAACAAUCCAACUGCUAUAAUGUUGGAAAUGACAACGAUGGUGAUUGGGGCAACUACUUUUUCUAUGGUGGUCCUGGCAGAAAUCCCAACUGCCCGUGAUCUUACAGGGAGAAUAAGAUAGAAUUAAUCAAUAAAGAUGUCAAUUCUUGUCUCAAUUCACGUGAAGCCAAGAUUGCGCUUAUGUAUAUCUUCUACUCUUCUAUAUUGUACAACAUUUAUUACUCUUCAUAGUUUAGGCUCGUGACUUGUAAAAUUUGUGGCAAGUAUUAAAACCAUUAAUGCUUGUGUCAUCUGUGAACUUCUUAACUACCUUCAUUGAACUUGUACCAUGAUCCUAUCCAUGCAAGUCAUACUUUGUUGACCUGUA